AUGUUUGAUGGUAAACUGCCCGUCAAGUUAUCGUAUCAUGUUGUAAUUGUUCAUCAAGAUCAUUUGUACGUUAUCGGUGGAUACAGUACGAGCGAAAAGAAAACAUCCGAUGCAAUUUAUGAACUGACCCUUUCUCCACCUUAUACUGCCAAGCUUCUCACAAGAAUGCCCCAGCCGCGUUUAAGCCACGGGGCAGAAGUUGUUAAUGGGAGACUCUUUAUCUUGGGAGGAUCGACGACAGGCUUUAGCAAAGAUGCCAUUGACAAUGUUGUCGUCUAUGAUUUCGCCACGAACGAAUGCAACAAAUGUCCAUCGUUACCAAAGUCUAUCUGUAAAAUGUCCACAGUUACUUGGGGAAAUGUAGUCAUCGUUGUCGGCGGGGCGGAUAAGAACAGCCAGGAUUUAGAAGACGUCUUCAUGUAUCACACUGGAACAGGGCGAAGUGAAAGAUUACCUUCACUGAUACAAAAGAGGUGUGAUAGCUCGGCGGUCAUAAUGCAUGAUGUCAUUGUUGUAUUGGGCGGUCGGAGUGACGAGCAGGGAUAUCUCAACUCGGUAGAAAGUUUCACAAUGGGAGAUGAACAGUGGAAAGAACUGCCCGGGAUGUAA